AUGAAUAUUCUUACGUAUAAUAUUCGAGGGAGUGGCUGUCCGAUCAAGAGAAAACGCCUGGGCGCGCUUAUUAGAAAGGAUAGUUUUGAUUUGUGUUUGUUACAGGAAACUAAAGUUGAAUCUUUUACUGAUAUAGUAGUGUACGAAAUGUGGGGAGGAACUGAUGUCGAAUGGACAUUUAGACCUUCGCGGGGCAGAUCAGGAGGUAUCAUAUCCAUGUGGAGAAAAGGGUUGUUCGGUUUGGGGUUUAGUUUUGCGGGAGAUGGUUAUGUGGGAUUCAAUGGUAGAUGGAAAAAUUUGAAUGUUUAUGUGGUGAAUGUUUAUUCGUCGUGCACAAUUGCAAAAAAAAGAGUGUUAUGGAAGGAAUUGGUAAAGCGUAAGCCUGAUUUCCCGGAGGGUGCGUGGGUUUUCGGAGGAGAUUUUAAUGCUAUAAAGUGUCCAGAGGAGAGAAAGGGGAGGGCUUUGAAUCUUAUAAGCCAAGAGAUGGAAGAGUUUAAUGAUUUCAUUGACGUUUUGGAGGUGGUGGAUCCGAGAGCGGUGGGGAAAAAAUUUACUUGGUUUAGUAGGGAUGGGGGAGCCAUGAGUAGAUUAGAUAGAUUUUUGGUUUCCGAUUGUCUGUUGGAGGCGUGGAUGAUUGAAGGGCAGGUGGUAAGACCGAGAGAUCUUUUUGACCAUUGUCCAGUUUGGAUUAAGGGGAGGGUAGUGGAUUGGGGUCCGAAGCCGUUCAAAUUCUAUAAUGAUUGGACGAAGCAUGAGAAUUUUCUUCCUUUUGUCGAAAAUGCGUGGAAUUCGAUUGUAGUCAGGGGCAAGGCCGCGUUUGUUUUGAAGGAGAAAUUGAAGGGAGUGCGUGAGAAGUUAAGGUUGUGGAAUGCGGCAACAUAUGGGUUCCUUAAUUUGGAGGUGGACGAGGCGAUAAAAGACCUUAAUGCUUUAGAUUUCAUGGCUGCUAACAAUGGUGGGGUGGAUGUGGAUUCUUUGGCCAUGAAGAGAGGUAUUGCAUCUUCUAGAGUGUGGGAUUCGGUUAAGGCUAAGGAGGUUUUUCUUAGACAAAAAGCGAGAAGCACAUGGCUUGCGGAGGGAGAUUCCAAUUCGAGAUUUUUCCAUAAGGCAAUGAAAAGGAGGAAUGUGAGAAAUUCAAUUGUUGGGAUCAAUGUGGCGGGUGUGUGGACCGACAAAGUGGGGGAGUGA